AACAUUUUUGUAUCGCUCUAAUAAAGUAAAAAAAAAUUGCCUUUUGUAUAAUUAAACACGAUUGCAGAGAAAUUUGCCAAAAUGACGAUGCGACCAGAUGAUCAUCGCAGAAAAUGGGACAAGAACGAGUAUCAAAAGCUGGCCCAAGAGCGCCUGCUCAACCAAUCUGCACCAAAGGACGAAGAGCCAGUGCAGCGGGAAAACCUGAAGAGACGCGACUACAAGGUUGACCUGGACAGCAAAUUGGGCAAAAGCGUUGUGAUAAACAAAAACACACCUACCUCACAAUCAGGCGGCUACUAUUGCAAUGUUUGCGACUGUGUUGUCAAGGACUCGAUCAACUUUCUGGAUCACAUCAAUGGCAAGAAGCACCAGCGCAAUCUGGGCAUGUCGAUGAAGGUGGAGCGCAGCACCGUUGACCAGGUGAAGGAUCGCUUUCAGCAAAACAAACAGAAAAUGGCCGAGAAGCAAAAAGACUACGAGCUGGAGAAGAGACUGCGCGAGGCCAAAGAGGAAGAGGAUCGCUACAAGGAGCACAGAAAAGAGAAGAGAAAAGAGCGCAAACGCAAGGCCGAGGAGAACGACGAGUUUGCGACAGGAAUGCCCGACGAUAUGGCCGCCAUAAUGGGUUUCUCUGGGUUUGGCGGCUCAAAGAAAAACUCAUAGGCCUUCAGAGUUAAGCUGUAAUUAAUAAUAGAAUAUAGAAAUAGAAACAUUUUCUACCAACGAAACCCGUUUACCGGGCUAAUCGCUAUGACUGUGAUUGGUUUGCGACAUUUAUUUCAUUAUAUAUAUAUUUGUAUAUGUAUAAGACAAUUUUACACCAGUUAUUGUAUAUUGUACAACAGCUCGAUCAAGUAAUAAUUUAAUAAGCAGUUAAAAUGCAGAAAGGACUUGAACCAUUUUCACUAAUUCUUAAACUUAAAACGCCCCAAAACAAAAACAAAAAAAACGCACACGAAUACCAUUUUUUGUGACUGCCAACCCAA